CGGACACGCAGCAGCAUGCCUAGAUGCGUCUUGGUCUUUUUCUGUGAACUGUAGCAAACAAGUUGUGCCUGGAGCUGCUGAGGGGAGGGGUCGGCCACUGGUCGUCUGUUUUCUUUCUCUCUCUCUCCUGACAGGCAAAGCAAACAGAGAUAACGACGAGGCCAGAGUGAGACAAACAAGGUUCCCUGGAAAACAUUUCUAUGAUCCCCUAGAACAGCAUCUCUCAGAUUUGUCCACUGAACAACUUAAGUCAUGUACCAAGUUGUACCAGGAGGAGCGGGAGGCACAGUUACAGAUGUUAUCCCCAAACAGAAACACAGCAAGGACACUCGACCCUUAGUUGGAGCUGGAGUAAUCGGCCUGGUGCUGGUGAUUGCAGCAGUGACUGCAUGGUGUUAUUACAUAGCCUCUCUACGCAAAGCUGAGCUGCUUAAGACUCAGCUGCUGGAUCUGAAUAAAGAUGGGUACAUUAUCCGCAACCAGGGAGGGUCUAUUGUUUUCAGGAUGGAUUUCAGGUCCGGUACGCUGGACUUGGAUUCGUGUUCCAAGGAAGGGGAGAUUCUGAGCUGUGGAAGUACCACUGAUAGAAAACUGAACUUCUUCAUUGAGACAGUGCGACCGAAGGACACGGUACAAUGCUACCGUGUUCGUUGGGAGGAACUGGUUCCUGACAUUCCUGUUGAGCAUGCUAUGACAUACAAGUUUGCACACUGGUAUGGUGGUGCAGUGUCAGCAAUUCAGCACUGGCCUAUUUCUAUUUCUAGUCAACAGGCUCCCAAACCCUUUGUUACUAGUGACAUCUACUCAAACCGCAAUGAAUUUGGUGGAAUUUUGGAGAGUUAUUGGCUUUCAUCCAAUGCUACGGCCAUCAAGAUAAACAAUUCUGUGCCCUUCCACCUGGGCUGGAAUGACACAGAGAAGACCAUGUACUUCCAGGCACGAUACAAUGACAGUCCCUUCAAGCCAAACCCGGGAGAGGCACCAUGUGCUGAACUUAGCUACCGAGUGUGCGUGGGAUUGGAUGUGACAUCCAUACACAAGUACAUGGUCCGCAGAUACUUCAACAAACCAAACAAAGUGCCUGCCAAAGUCAUGUUUCGCCAUCCUAUAUGGUCGACUUGGGCGUUACAUAAGACUGACAUUGACCAAAAGAAACUCUUGGCGUAUGCUGCCAACAUCCGCAAGCAUAAUUUUAACUGUAGCCACCUAGAACUAGAUGACCGCUACACCAGCCGCUACGGAGAUUUUGAGUUUGACCAAAUAAAGUUCCCCAAUGCCUCGGCCAUGUUCCAAAAGCUGAAAUCAGAUGGAUUUCUUGUGUCACUUUGGAUUCACCCUUUUGUUAACUAUGACUCCGAAAACUUCCAUACCUGCGUAGAGAGGGGGCUGUUUGUCCGUGAGCCAACGGGACGGCUCCCAGCAUUGGUGCGCUGGUGGAAUGGCAUUGGUGGCAUUUUGGACUUCACAAACCCAGAAGCCCGUGACUGGUUUUCCUCCCAGCUACGUUCACUGCGCUCCAGGUAUGGGGUCACAUCUUUUAAAUUCGAUGCAGGGGAGACCAACUAUCUACCAUGGAAAUUUAGUACCAGAACUCCCAUUCGGGACCCAAGUUUUUUUACAAGACGUUACACAGAAAUGGCUAUUCCCUACAACGAUAGAGCUGAGCUGCGCAGUGGCUACCAGUCCCAGAACAUAUCCUGCUUCUUCAGACCAAUUGAUAGAGACUCAGUGUGGGGCUAUGAGUUGGGUCUCAAAUCUCUUAUCCCCACAGUGCUCACUAUUAGCAUUCUCGGCUAUCAGUUCAUUUUACCAGACAUGAUUGGAGGGAAUGCUUAUCUGAACCGCACAGAUGGAAAUCGUGUGUUACCCGAUCGAGAACUCUAUAUCCGCUGGCUGGAGCUGUCAGCCUUCAUGCCUUCAAUGCAGUUUUCUGUUCCGCCAUGGGAAUACGACAACGAGGUGGUCGAAAUUGCUCGGAAAUACACAGACCUCCAUGAGAGUAUUGUGGCGCCACGGGUCCUGGAGCUGGCUGGUGAGGUGCUGGACACUGGGGACCCAAUCAUACGGCCCCUGUGGUGGAUUGCCACAGGUGAUGAGACAGCCUAUAAAAUCGACUCCCAGUUCCUGAUUGGGGAUGACCUCAUGGUAGCCCCAGUUCUAGAGCCUGGAAAGCAAGAGCGUGACAUCUACCUCCCCGCUGGCCGUUGGAGAAGCUACAAGGGAGAGAGAUUUGAUAUCAAGGAGCCACUUCACCUCACAGACUAUCCUGUGGAUCUGGAUGAAAUUGCUUAUUUUGUUUGGGUCUAGCAAGAAGGAAAUGUAAAGCUGAACAGACUUGAUUAGCGACUGUUCCAAUUUGCUUGUAAGACAAGCUUCACAAAUUAGCUUUUAUGCUUGGCAGGAGGGACAUUGCAUGAAAAGGUUGUUCAAUAUGGAGAAGUAUUUAACUUUUCAAAGGAAUUAAAAAUGUUACUACUAAUUAUGUUACAAAUGUGAAACUGCUUGACUCAAAAAGGCUCAAAAUCUCAUUGUAAUGUUUUAUUGCAUUUAAUGAAUUUAAUGGAAAAAUAUCUGUGUCCUUGAGAAUAUGUAAGUUUUGCUUUGCCACUGUGAGGUGUUACAGUGGCAACAAACUGACUCAAUAACAUGGGUUACACAGCAAUAUCUGUUUGCUAUCAUUAGCUAACUUUAGCCACCAUAAGCUAGUAAUACCGGACCAGUGAAGGUAACAAAAGCCUAGCAUAUAUUUAAGUGACUAAGGGUGUGUUUUAAUGUUUUUGAAAUUAGAAUUUCAUGUGUACAACGUUUCAUAUUUAAAAAGUUACAUAGUGACGCUUUAAAGGCUGUACAUGUCAUAUAUGAAACAUUUGUCAAAAAGGGAAUAUGAAAACUGUGAAUUGAGUUAGGCAUAAUUGCCAUUAUAUGCCAUAGCGUUUUUUUGUUUUUUUUAACAGUGCUUUGAAGUUAAACAGGUAAACAGAUUGAUUGAAGGAAAAUUUGAAUGGUCAUUUUUUGUCAUUAAGAAAAUAGACUUCAUAAAACUCUAUAUUGAUAAACGCUUCUCAGUUUGAGUGAGAUAUCCUACUUUCCUUUGAAACUAAUGACUCUUCUACUCGUCUGCUCUGGGAUACUUCUCAGGAAGUCAGGUUUUAUGCUUCACUUAUCAGGUUGUAUGCUUGAAGUUUAAUCGUUACUAACCGCAUUUGCUCUCAUUUGGGAAACAGUGUCAUGUAACUACUCUUAGCCCAGAAAAAGAUGCCUUUUAUUAGGCACUAAAUAUUUUAUGUUCUUCCUCAGGUAACAGCUUUUUCUGGCUGUAGUGUUGAAGUGUCUGGUAAUUGUCUGUAUUGUGCUUUGCUGAUUUUGAAUGCAGAUAAACAUCUAAUACUAUAAUGUAUAAUACAUUGACUUCCGCAUCCAAAAUAAAAAAUCUCUUUUGGAAAAUGUUCUGAUGUUUGUAAUUCUGAAACACAGUAACCUAAAUGAUAAUGGACUGGUUAAUUUAUUGGUAUGCAGUGUGGAAGUCAAGAAUUUAGCAGCAAUUAACCACCAAAUUAAAUGGUACAGUGUAUUUAUAUUACCUUGUGUUUUGUUAAUGUGAAUAUCUUGUAACUGCAGUGAUAUCUCUAAGUGCCAUAUAUUAAUAAUUACUGCCACAUACUAUGAGUGAUUUCUUGUUCUGAUACACUUAAUAUCGUUGCCUUUUUUCCAUAUUGUACAUUUAUCAUGUAAUAUUGUUAAUUUAACCCCUUUUAUGGGGUGAGUUAACCCUUUUGUGGGAAAUCACAUGGUCAACAAAGUGUUCCACAAAAGCCACAUAACUAAGUUUGGAACUGCAAUAUAAAUAUUGUGUUAUUGAAGUAACAAUGAGGAAACAUCCAUUUUCCUAUGGUGCAAUUUUAUCAUUUGGCAAUUUGUCCUUUUAAGUUUAAAAAAAUAAUAAAAUGCUGUCUGCCUUUCUGUGCUGUGUGUAAACUUUGACAUGUGGCUUCCAGUUUGACCUCUGAGUUUUGUUUGUGCCUCUUGAUAUAGUUUCAUCAUGACAAUGCUACCCAUUUAUAGUAGUUCUCACUCAGCAUCUGGGCCAGGCCAACCUCUGAGGCUAUUUCUGUUUCAGACUGUCUUGCUUUAUGACAAGACUGAGAGGCUAUAUCUUGGACUUAAAUGUUUUUUUUUUUUUUGCUUUUAUAUAUUUUGACUCACUGUGUGAUGCUGUUGGCCUCGAUCUAUUGUAACUGAAUAUUAGCUACAUUUGCAUGUGACUUAAGGGCAGCACUAAUUUCAGAAUGCAAAUAUGAUUUAAUUUUGUGGGAAUGUAUUAAAAGAAAUCCAGUUUGACUUAC